CGCGGAACGGAGGAAGGAAAGCGCGAAGACGAGCAUUUCGGAAGGUACGAUUUUCUUCUUUCUCGCCAUGGAAGAAAGAGAGCACGGAAUGGAGUAUUUGUGGCCGAGAUAUGUGUCUGUAGUAGUGAAUUGAUAUGUUUUAAGCCUAAUCGCCGCCGGCAGAGUUUGAUUGGGAAUACUUUCUCGCACUUUCUCUCGGGCCAAACAGAAGUUUACGGAGAUGAAACUUUGAAUCUCUGCGUCUAGAUAUUGUGAGGGAACUCUUUACGGUGGUACUGGAUUUACAGAUUGGCGGGAUUGUUGUGUUUAAUGAUUUAGCUGUUCCUGGAAUUGGAUUGCGUGCGUGACUCUAGUAGGUUCAGGUUUGUUUUUCAUGAGGAAGAAGAAGAUGAAAUGUACUCAUAUUCAUCUCCUGUGUGUCAAGAAAUGCUGAUAGAUGUAGCUGACUGAUCUUUUGUAAUCCGUUUAAUUGUAUUCUCUCUCUCUCUCAUGUUCUGCUCUGAAAUGUGGUGUUCAUUCAUUUCCAUCUUAAGCUGAAGGGAAACUGCUUAACUGCCAAACUUGUAGCUUAGCUAUCCUGCUUUCGACCUCUUAGAGCGACUUCUGGUUCUCCGAAUUUGAUUAUUAUGUUAGAAUGGCUGCUUCCUUUGUUCUUUUUUGUAUGAUUCAUCAUCGGAUAAAUCGCUCUUUUGGAUGUUGGAUUGAUGUGUCUUGUACUCUCGGUUCUUCUCAUUCUGAUGGGACUGUUUCAUUGCUGUGUUCCUGCGUUGCAAUUUUUCUCUCCUCUUGCUGCAUUUUUGCUUGAGAUGCUUGAGAUUGGCUUUUUCCGUUCUUUAUCGAUGGCCCGAGUGGCAAUCACUUGGAUUCUGGUCUUGAUGCUUUAGAGUUUAGACUGAGUAAUUUUGUCUCUCAUACAAGAUCAUCCUGCAUUCUUUGGGUAUUGUAUUUUGUUAUUUCACUUGUUUCUUUGAUGCUUUUGACCUGGUUCUUUUCUUUCUCAAUGUAUUCAGGCGAAUCAACUGUCCGGUGUGCUAUUCAUCUCUGGAAAAUGACGGGAAGCAAAGGACGUGUCAGAUGGAAUGAAGACAAUUUAGGGGAGAUUGAAGCAAAUAAGCCUGUGAGGCAAAAAAUUACUGAACCUAAGACACCAUAUCACCGCAUGAUUGAUGAUGAUGGUUCUCUAUCUCCUACUAAGGAUAGCCUUGAUGAGCCCGUUGAUGAUGUUAUGCAUGCUGAAGAAUUGAGAACAGCAUUACACACUGUGGCUUCUUCAUCAAGUGGAAACUCGAGCAGGCGAUCUACUGGUUGGACAUCAUCUGAGGAUGAAGGCGACCUUAUGGAACAAGAUGAUGAAGAUAGUGAAACGGAUAGGAAAGCAUAUUUCAGGGAGCUCAGAAGAGCCCAUUACGACGAGUUCCGGAAAGUGAAAGAACUCCGACGCAAGGGCUCGUUCUUGGAAGACGAGGAGGCAGAAGAAAAUGGACACGCCAAGGCGAAGGAGAACAAUGGAGGAUGCUCAAAUUCGACAUCAGCAGUAACCGCCGGUGUGAGAGACAUCGACAUCCAAGAAGAUGCUACUGCUUCAACUUCAUCUCAUCCCGCAGCUAAUGGAUCAUCUUAGAAAAGCCUCCCCACUUCGUGAGCCAAUCUCACGCCAUCUUUAAACUACUGACUCUGUUCUAGCUCAUCGAUUUUUCUUCCCCAUGUUAUUUCACUGCAAUUUUUAAUGCCAGAAUCUUUGUAUGCUUCCAUUCACUUUACCUCUCUGUAAAUAGUUCUCACUUCCGCCUUAUCUGAAGCUACUGCUGCUUCUAAUUCUCUGCACUCAAUUUUCUAUCGCAUAUUCGCAU